ACCAGCAGCUCCCCAAGCCACCCCUUCAGCCAUGAAGUUCCUGCUCCUGCUCUUGGCAGUCCCUGGCUUCCUGACCCAGGUGAUCUCAGCCAGUAGCGGUGCAUCAAAAUGUGUGAGUGACAUCCCAGGAUACUGCAGGACACAUUGCCACCGGGGGGAGACAGCAUUGUUCAUGUGCAAAGCUGUCAGACAAUGCUGCGUCAGCUACUUGUUCUUGCCGAAGCCUGACCUACCAUACCCCAUCAGUAGGCACCGGGAAUCAAGGAGAAGCAGCAUGCAAAGGAAAGACAAGAAGCAACAAAUGACCACAACAUCAUAAUAACCACUGCUAUUGUCUUUACCAACUCAAAGAAAUAUCAUUUCCACUGUUCCAAUUCCUCCUGCAUUGUUAAGAACUAGCCAAGGCUCCUCCUUAUGGGGUAGAUAUCUAUAGCCAACCCCAAAACAUCUAUCUUCUCCAUCAUUGUCAUUCACCUAAUAACUAAUUUGGAGUCUGUAUCUAUCUUAUGAGAAUAAUCAUUAUGCAGACUCAUCCACAGGGGAUCUGCCAGUUUGGGUCCAAAUGAAAAAUGCCAAGACAGAAUUGGUCAUGCAAAAGACGGCCUGGGAGAACACACCUCUGAUGGACAAAGGUGAGAGAGAGCAGCCACAGGCAGGGAGAGUCUUCAGACUGCAAUGCUGGCCUGAUACGUAACAAAGGAGAGAGGGAGGGAGGAGGUUUGAACAGGGGAACACUGAGACUGCAGUUCUAAGAAACUCUGAGCCAAACAGAUGGGGAGGCCCAAAGCAAGGCUUGCCUCUCAGAGGAGUUCACACAGGGCAGGAUUAGCCAGGCUCUCAUAUCCAAUGGGUUCAGUCUUUGGCUGAGAACAGCCCCUGGAGAACAUGGGGUGAAUGCUACCAUAGGUCUAGAAGUGUUAUAGCUUGAGACUGUCCACCAACUAUCCCCUUGAAGCAAGUUCUCUUGAAAGGAAAUCUGAACAGUGCACCCCCAUGG